UUGGUAUUCUAACCAAAAUCUGCUGGUCGGCAUUGUUGGCGAUAGCGGUCUGUACGUCUGGGACAUUCGAACAGGAGAGCUCAUUAUGCAGGAUGACACAGCCAUGCCUCAAACUGCCAGUUUUAUGUACAUGGACGAAUGCUACAUUGGAUACGGUCAAAGCGACGGGGCUGUCACCGUAUUUGAUUGGAGCUCGAGGACGACACUCAAAGUCGUGGGUAGUUAUCAGGCACACGAAGGCGAUGUAGGUGAUUCAUAUAAGCAUAAUGAACCGCAAGUAUGUAAUCUCUGCCAGCACAAAUGGAGAGACUUUGGUGUACUGCCUGAAGCGAUCUUGCGUCAUGGAGCGGAUUUUGUUGCCGCAUGCAACUCAAGCCAUUCAGUUUACGCCAACAAUUCACGGCGAUAAAGUCAUGUUCUCGACACGGGAUGCGGUGUACGAGUAUGAGCUCAUGUUGGAUUAUCUCAAAUCGGGGAGCGAGCAGGAAUUUUUCAGUUUUGCGGCCAGCAGCUACCCGGAUUCAACGGAAAAGAUAUCAUCGGAGCAGCGCAGAGGGAAGGAGAAUCAGGUCCCUUUGUCAUCUAGUCAUUUCGCUGCAUCAAACCAUCUGCGGAUGGGUUGCGCUGUUGCUGAGGCAUCAACAUCGAACCACACCGGACCGGUCAGCCUACGACCGGUAUCGGCAUCAUCUUCGCGCACCUCGACGUCGGGUAGAGUCUGGAAGACUUCCAACAGUCUGCUGUCUCAAAUUCGACAACGUGUUGGCGGCACGGGCAAAGCGUUUGAUCAGGAGCGAUUGAUUAUACCCACGCGAUUCCCUCGUGCAGCCAGCAUCUGCUGCCUACCGCGCACCUGUCGUACGCUGGAGCAUGGCACGACAUCUGCGAGAGAUUCGUACGGGAUCUUCAUGCCACUCAACUGUACGCGUCUUAACGAGAUGUCGGUCUAUACCAGGGCAACAAAGCAGAUCAAACAGAUACACGGCCCAGCUGUGGAUGCGGUCCUGACGGAAGCUAUUCGGAAUCGAUUCUAUACAACGAUGGAGUGCAACCAGCAUUGUGCAGUGGUGAGUUCUGGCAGCAAGGUCUAUGUCAUCUCGUUCCUACCGCCAGAUAUCUAAUUGCCAGUUAUUUCAAUAAAUGAUCGCAUUUCUCAGAGCUUGGAAAUACUUGUUCCUUGCAG